ACUACUUACACGAUGCUAAGUUCAACCAGUCCCACGGGCCCAUCCUCUCAGCUUUCCAAUCUUCCGGGAUUCUCCUCAAUAUGCGCGAAAUUGGUCACGAUGUUCCGUGGUCGAAAGGAAGCUGUGAUACUGCGCCUCAACCGACCCGCAACGAUUGGACGCAGUCCUAACUGUCAUUAUGUUGUAGUGGGGACUUUUGUAUCUGCAGUACAUUGUACCAUAUCAGUCGUUCGGAGUCAAAACGGAGGCGUGAUCGUGUCGUGCCAGGAUCUUUCGAGAAACGGGAUCUUCCUGAACGGACAUAGAAUUAGCAAGAGUGUGGUUAUCCUCAUGCAUGGCGACGUUCUCGAGCUGCCGGAAUCAGCUAGUUUUACGUGCCAGCAUGUCUGGAAGGAUCGUCGAGACAAAGUCGAUUUGUUUGACCCGACUCCGCCUCAGUUGACCCAGACCACCAAAAGCAU